UCAACAAAUCAUUGGAGGGUGAGUCCUGUUUGAUGGGGCGGAGGGAAGGGGAGCUUGUUUUCAUCUACUUUACACAGACUUCAAAGAUUCUCAUCGCAAACGGUCUGAAGAGUGUUCAGGAAUAUAUCUUUUGGAAAACAGAAGUUACAUGUGAGGGUGAACAACUCCUCAAUGUUGACGUUUUAAUGGGACAUCCAGGUAUCGUUUCACCUUAUAAACCUGGACAUAUCUUAGUUUUCCGAUGCACAGAUGUGAACAUGAAGAUGUACGGCCAAAGAACAAUUGAAUGCCUCUCAAAUGGAAAAUGGGAUAACCCAUAUCCAAAAUGUGGAGUUACCUGUGAGGGUGAACAACUCCUCAAUGUUGACGUUUUAAUGGGACAUCCAAGUAUCGUUUCACCUUAUAAACCUGGACAUAUCUUAGUUUUCCGAUGCACAGAUGUGAACCUGAAGAUGUACGGCCAAAGAACAAUUGAAUGCCUCUCAAAUGGAAAAUGGGAUAACCCAUAUCCAAAAUGUGGAGGGGCAACAUGUCCUCUAAAAACAACAGAUGAAGACUUAAUAAUGAAGCGAUUCCCUGAUAUUGUGGGUCCCGUCAAACAUGGACACAAGUUAAUAUUUUCAUGCAAUAGAGAAGGGCUGAAAUUAAAAGGACAGAGAGAAAUCACCUGUCAGUCAAAUGGAGAAUGGAGCAGCCCAUUUCCUAAAUGUGAAGAGGUAAUGUGUGUUGCAAGCCUGACAGAGAACAUGAGAUCAGACGGACACUCGGGGCCUGAGGUUUCAGUCAGACCUGGACGCACAAUAACACUUUCAUGUGUUGGGAGGGAAUUACAAGGACAGAGCAAAAUCAGCUGCUUGUCAAAUGGAGAAUGGAACGUCCCAUUCCCUAAAUGUGUAGGAGGGAAAUGUGGGCCACCACCACUUGUGGACUUUGCAGAUACAAUGGAAAUGACAAAAAGUGAAUACAAUUCAGGGGAGAGAGUUGAAUACACCUGCUUUAAUAAAUACACACUGGUUCAGAGUCACCCCUACUCCAAAUACUUGACCUGUGAAGAUGGAGAAUGGAGAGGGAAUAUUAAGUGCUUAAAGCCCUGUUCAGUGUCUCUGGAGGUACUGGAUGAAAGAGGUAUAGAGCUGCGAUGGCGUGGACGGGAAAAGAUAUUCUCACCAGAUGGGGAUAGAAUCACCUUUAGGUGUCAGAGAGGCAAAUAUUCAGUAGGCAUUGACCUACUACAAACAUGUAAUGAUGGAGUGAUGGAUUUGCCUCUGUGUGAGUGACAGUGAAUAAAACAUCACCGAAGCAUCAAAUGUAUUAAUAAACAAAAAGAAAUAAAGCAGAUCAAAAUUAACCUUUUUUCCCAA